AUGUGGGCUGCAGCUGUGACCAAGAUGGACAAGCUCUUCUUCUGGUGCACUUUUCUGUCCUCCGCCGCCACUCUCCAGGCGGUAUCCACGGACCCAGGUGCUGCGCCCUCAUGCCCGCCUCCGUGCCACUGUGAAGAAGAUGGCAUAAUGCUCUCAGUGGAUUGUUCAGAGCUGGGACUCUCCCAAGUCCCUGUCAGCCUGAGCCCCUUAACGGCUUACCUUGAUCUGAGCAUGAACAACAUUAGCGAGCUGCAACCCAGCACGUUCCAUCAUCUGCGCUUCCUGGAGGAGCUGCGCCUCUCUGGAAACCAGCUCUCCCAGAUCCCAGGAGAAGCCUUUUCUGGCCUCUACAGCCUGAAGAUCCUGAUGUUGCAGAACAACCAGCUCAGACGGAUCCCCGCCGAGGCAAUGAGGGAUCUUCCAAACCUCCAGUCUCUACGCCUGGAUGCAAACCUGAUUUCCGUGGUGCCCAAGAAGAGCUUUGAGGGACUGCCCUCCUUACGUCACUUGUGGCUGGAUGAUAAUGCCCUGACAGAGAUCCCUGUCCAAGCUCUCAACAACCUUCCAGCCCUGCAGGCCAUGACGCUGGCUCUCAACCUGAUCUGGCACAUUCCUGACUACGCCUUCCAGAACCUCAGCAGCCUCGUUGUACUGCACCUGCACAACAACCGGAUCCAGAGCCUGGGGAUCAACAGCUUUGAAGGGCUGCACAGCCUGGAAACUCUGGACCUGAACUAUAACAAGCUGUUGGAAUUCCCAGUAGCCAUCAGGACGCUAGGCCGGCUGCAGGAGCUGGGUUUCCAUAACAACAACAUCAAGGCUAUUCCAGAGAAGGCAUUUGUUGGGAAUCCUUUACUCCAAACCAUCCAUUUUUAUGACAAUCCCAUCCAGUUUGUCGGACAGUCCGCUUUCCAGUUCUUGCCAAAGCUGCACACUCUGUCACUGAACGGAGCGACAGACAUCAGAGAAUUCCCAGAUCUUAAAGGAACCACCAGCCUAGAAAUUCUGACCUUGACCCGGGCAGGGAUACAUUUGCUUCCCAGAGGAAUGUGCCAGCAGCUGCCCAGCCUCCGAGUCCUCGAGCUCUCGCACAAUCAAAUCGAGGAGCUGCCCAGUUUCCACAGGUGCCAGCAGCUGGAAGAAAUAGGCCUCCAGCACAACAGGAUCCAUGAAAUCAGAGCAGACACCUUUGGGCAGCUCGCGGCCCUGCGCUCCAUAGACCUGAGUUGGAAUUACAUCCAGUCGAUUCAUCCGGAGGCCUUUGCGACCCUCCACUCGCUCACCAAGCUAGAUUUGACCGACAACCAGCUGGUAACCCUGCCGCUGGAUGGUUUGGGUGGACUGACCCAUCUGAAGCUCCAAGGCAACCCAGCGCUGUCUGAACCCUUCAGCAAAGAAAGCUUCCCUAAGAUGAGAAUCCUAGAAGUGCCCUAUGCCUACCAGUGCUGCGCCUAUGGAGUCUGUAGCAACUUCUUCAAGGUAUCCAGCCAGUGGGAGACAGAAGACAUGAGCCCGGAAGAUGAGGAUACCCACAAGAGGAGCAUGGGGUUGUUUCCGGGUCAUGCUGAUAACCACUAUGACCUGGACAUGGAUGACUUCCAGUUGGAGUUUGAGGAGUCAAAGCUGCACCCCACCAUCCAGUGCACACCCAGCCCCGGUCCCUUCAAGCCUUGCACUCAGUUGUUUGAGAGCUGGAUCAUCCGCCUGGGGGUCUGGGCCAUCGCGCUGGUCUCAGUGCUCUGCAAUGGGCUGGUCAGCCUGGCCGUCUUCGCCUCGCCCAGCUACCUCUCGCCAGUCAAGUUCGUCAUCGGCUCCAUAGCUGGGGCCAAUAUGCUGACGGGCGUCUACUGCAGCAUGCUGGCCGUGGUCGACGCCCUGACCUAUGGGCAGUUUGCCAAGUACGGGGCCAGGUGGGAGACGGGCGCGGGCUGCAGGGCCACGGGCUUCCUGUCCGUCUUCGCCUCGGAGGCCGCCAUCCUCCUGCUGACUCUGGCCACUGUGCAGUGCAGCGUUUCGGUCUCCUGCUUCCGGCUGUAUGGGAAGUUGCCUUCCUUCAACAGCGUUAAAGCCGCCACGCUGGGCUGCCUGACACUGUCCUGCGCGGCCGCAGCGCUGCCGCUCUUCUCCGUUGGGGAGUACGGCGCGUCCCCUCUCUGCCUCCCGUCCCCCAUCCCUGACGGGAAAUCCUCCACCCUGGGCUUCAUGGUGGCCCUGGUGAUGCUGAACACCCUCUGCUUCCUGAUCAUCACGGGCACCUACAUCCGGCUCUACUGCAACCUGCUGAAAGGGGAGUUCGACACCCUCUGGGACUGUGCCAUGAUCAAGCACGUGGCCUGGCUGAUCUUCACCAACUGUCUCCUCUACUGCCCGGUAGCCUUCCUCACCUUCUCCUCCAUGCUCAACCUCUUCCUCAUCACCCCGGAGGUAAUCAAGUCAGUCCUGCUGGUGGUGCUGCCCUUACCUGCCUGCUUGAACCCCCUGCUUUAUCUGCUCUUCAACCCCCACUUCCGAGAGGACCUGCGCCUGCUGCGACACAGGGGCCAGACCAAGGGCAGCUGCCCCCAGUCAUACGCCUCAGAUGACAUGGAGAAGAGCUCGUACGACUCCACCCAGGCGCUGGUGACCUUCUCUGAUGCCGAUCACAUAUUUGAGGCGUCCGACGCCUUGGGUGUGCACCCCGUCCUGGAUGCCUACAGCUUCCCCUCGGUGACGCUCGUCCCCUGCCAGCAGAGGAUGGGUGCCAGAGGGCAAGAGAGUGGCUACUCUGCCCGCCACCCCUGCCUGACCGAUGACGAGCUGCUGAUUUCCUCGGAAAGCAGGGAUCCAGCCAGCAGCAGCCUCCGGGUCAGCUUCUUCCCUUCCCCGCCCGCACCGUCCUUCACAUCCCACUUAUAA